GCACGAUGCGCGCCGCGUGGGAGGCGCUGGCGGCGCUGGCGGCCGUGGCGUGCCUGGCGGGCGCGGCGCGCGGCGGGCCCGGGCUCAGCAUGUUCGCCGGGCAGGCGGCGCAGCCCGAUCCCUGCUCGGACGAGAACGGGCACCCGCGCCGCUGCAUUCCGGACUUCGUCAACGCGGCCUUCGGCAAGGACGUGCGCGUGUCCAGCACCUGCGGCCGGCCCCCGGCGCGCUACUGCGUGGUGAGCGAGCGCGGCGAGGAGCGGCUGCGCUCCUGCCACCUCUGCAACGCGUCCGACCCCCGCAAGGCGCACCCGCCCGCCUUCCUCACCGACCUCAACAACCCGCACAACCUGACGUGCUGGCAGUCCGAGAACUACCUGCAGUUCCCGCACAACGUCACGCUCACCCUGUCGCUCGGGAAGAAGUUCGAGGUGACCUACGUGAGCCUGCAGUUCUGCUCGCCGCGCCCCGAGUCCAUGGCCAUCUACAAGUCCAUGGACUACGGGCGCACGUGGGUGCCCUUCCACUUCUACUCCACGCAGUGCCGCAAGAUGUACAACCGGCCGCACCGCGCGCCCAUCACCAAGCAGAACGAGCAGGAGGCCGUGUGCACCGACUCGCACACCGACAUGCGGCCGCUCUCGGGCGGCCUGAUCGCCUUCAGCACGCUGGACGGGCGGCCCUCGGCGCACGACUUCGACAACUCGCCCGUGCUGCAGGACUGGGUCACGGCCACCGACAUCCGCGUGGCCUUCAGCCGCCUGCACACCUUCGGCGACGAGAACGAGGACGACUCGGAGCUGGCGCGCGACUCCUACUUCUACGCCGUGUCCGACCUGCAGGUCGGCGGCCGCUGCAAGUGCAACGGGCACGCGGCGCGCUGCGUGCGGGACCGCGACGACAGCCUGGCCUGCGACUGCCGGCACCACACGGCCGGGCCCGAGUGCGACCGCUGCAAGCCCUUCCACUACGACCGGCCCUGGCAGCGCGCCACGGCCCGCGAGGCCAACGAGUGCGUGGCCUGCAGCUGCAACCUCCAUGCUCGGCGCUGCAGAUUCAACAUGGAGCUCUACAAGCUGUCGGGGCGCAAGAGCGGGGGUGUCUGUCUCAACUGCCGCCACAACACUGCAGGCCGCCAUUGCCACUACUGCAAGGAGGGCUUCUACCGAGACAUGGCCAAGCCCAUCACCCACCGGAAGGCCUGCAAAGCCUGCGAUUGCCACCCCGUGGGUGCUGCCGGCAAGACCUGCAACCAGACCACGGGCCAGUGCCCCUGCAAGGACGGUGUGACGGGCAUCACCUGCAACCGCUGUGCCAAAGGCUACCAGCAGAGCCGCUCGCCCAUCGCCCCCUGCAUCAAAAUUCCUGUAGCACCACCGACCACUGCGGCCAGCAGCGUGGAGGAGCCUGAAGACUGUGACUCCUACUGCAAGGCCUCCAAAGGGAAGCUGAAGAUGAACAUGAAGAAAUACUGCAGGAAGGACUAUGCCGUCCAGAUCCACAUCCUGAAGGCAGACAGAGCAGGGGACUGGUGGAAGUUCACGGUGAACAUCAUCUCCGUGUACAAGCAGGGCACAAGUCGCAUUCGCCGUGGUGACCAGAGCUUGUGGAUCCGCUCUCGAGACAUCGCCUGCAAGUGCCCCAAGAUCAAGCCCCUCAAGAAGUACCUGCUGCUGGGCAAUGCCGAGGACUCGCCUGACCAGAGUGGCAUCGUGGCGGACAAGAGCAGCCUGGUGAUUCAGUGGCGGGACACAUGGGCACGGCGGCUGCGCAAGUUCCAGCAGCGGGAGAAGAAGGGCAAGUGCAAGAAGGCCUAGCGCGGAGGUGGCGCGGGCUACAGGAGGGCGGCUAGCCUUGGACUUGGCCCGCCAGGGUUUUCCCCAGAGGGUGGGGGCGGGGCGAAGUCUGAGUGGGGCGGGGCCCCCAGGGGCUCCGCCCCAGCCCCACCCUCACACCCCUGGCUGCGCUCUUGUGCGCAUGGCAGAAAGUACCCUGUUGACAGGCCAGGCCCUGGAGAAAUGAGGACAAGACAUAGCUACCUCACGGCGGCGCUCCUUCCAGAACAGAGAUGCGCUUCCCUAGGGCAAGGUGGGGGUCGCCGUGGAGGGGUUGGGGGUCCCCGCGAGGAGGGCACAGAACGGCACAGUGGACCAUAGCCGCUGUGUUUUGAGAAGAACUGUGAAUUUUCGGGCCUGCAGCUUGGGCAGGAACAACCAGUCCACCACCAGACACUAGCAAUGCCCCUUCCUUUCUCCAUCACCCGCUGUCUAGGAAUUCCCACAGGACUCCAGACACUGACAACAGGUCCCCAUGUCAAAGGGCCAAAUGGCACUGGCAUCAGCCAGCUUUGGGUCUCCACUGCCACCUGCUGGGCUGGUCUCCUGGGUGGAGUUCACCAACUGUAGGCCAGGAGGCUCCUCCUGGGGCCUGCCCUACCCCAGUGGGGGUUGGCCCAGGCCCCUGGCCCACCAGAGGGCCUAGGGCCCGAGGACCCUGAAGCCCUAGCCGGGUGGUCACUGCCUCCGCUGGAGCUGCCUGUGGGAGGAGGCACUGCAAACCAAAACCUCCCAGCGCGUUUCCUUUUUGGAAACUUGGAAACAGCCCCUUUUAUGACAUUUUCCAGAGGAGGGGGAGGGGGUGUUGGCGGGGUGUAGGGCAGUGACACUAUUUGUGUAAUGACAUCAGCUCCCAUAAGGCCUCACAGCAAUGUCAACAGCUGGAAAGGGCCUGGUCAGGCCUGGAAUGCCAGCGGCUGUAGAGGCCGCUUGGGGGAAGGGGCUUGCUUGAGAGGGCGGGGCUACUGCUCAGCAAGGUGCCUGGUGUCCAAGCUGUAGGCAGGCCAGGCCAGGAGUGGUCAGGUUGCUAGGGUCCAAGGAAGCUGUGAGUGUUUUACUGUUGCUGCCCCCAAGGGAAGGAACAGGCUCCUAGGUUCAGAAGCCCACUGUGGCUUGCAGCUGCCUUGGUCUAGCCUGGGCACUCGUGUCCAGCCCCCCCCCCUCGUUCUUUGUGGAGGGCCCCAAGGCCUUCCUGUGUGCCUAGCCCUCUCUUCUCUCAGAGGCUUAACAUCCUCAUGCAGGCAGCUCCAUGCUUCCCUUCCGGCUGCUUCCCAGGCCCCCUUUUGCCUUCCCUGCCUCACGCCCCGCACUGGAUGAGGCCUGCCUUCCCUCUCUCAGUCAGGAAAUUGGUUUCAUUUCCCCUGCCCAUUUGGCUGCCACACCAGGAAUGAAGCCCAGCUCCUUAGUGACACGACUCCCUCUGUUUCUCCCGCCGCUGCCACGUUGCCACUGCCAAUUACUGAGCACCCGCUUGGUGCCAGGCACUUUACCUGUAUGCCCCUGGCCAGUCUUCAUCACAAGCCCAUGAGACAGGAAUUCGUUCUUGUCCUCAUUUUCACCAGUAACGUGCCCACAUGUCCAAGGUCACCCCAGCACCAGCACUACAACCCUGGCCUUACCAUAGUUGCACACCAGCUGUUAGCCCACUUGGCACCCCUACAGCAGGUGGGCGGGGCUUACCACUGAGACCAGGCAGCUUGUCUCUAGAGAACCUUGAAAAUAUGAGCCUGGAGUAGGGUCUGGGACAGACACUGUGGGGCACAGGAAUAGACUCCCCAGAGCAAAGCCUCAGGGUCCAGGAAGACAGGUGUUAGCCACCUGAGCCUAGCAAGGUGGCUUGGCUGUUCCAAGUGUGGGAAGGCAAGCCGGAGGACUUGAGAGAGACUGACAGCACACAGACAGGCCCUGGGAAGGCUUGUGUGGCUUCCCUGGUCAAGCCUGAGACUGAUGGGCAAGGGCCACUAUCCAGGCCCAGACAACCAGUGUGGCUUGUUGGGGGCCAUCCGUGGCAAACACCAGCACACUGCAUGGCGUCUGCCCUGGCCAGCUUCGACCAUGAGCCCUGGGUUCCAGUCUCACCUGGUGGCCACCGAAGCCCCUUAACUAGGGGCCCCCUGCUAAUCAAUAAGACAUCUUGCUGGAAAUCUACCAGGGCCUCCUGCCCUGUCCCCAUGGCCUGGCCAUUGGGAAUUACAUUGAAUGGCCAGAUGAGCUGAGUUGUGGAGGAGGUCAUUGCUGAGAUAGCAGGGUUUGUCACCUCUGUUCUGGACCUAGCCCAAAUCCAGCCCAGCUCUCCUCUGCCUGAGGGCCAAGCCUUGAGGAAGCAGCUGUCUCCUGCCCACCCCGGCCCCACCCUGGGGGGGGGGCAGAAAGGGGAAAAGGAGACAUCCUAUUUGUACAGUUAGGGAGGGAUGCAGAAUGGAAGUAGGUUUUGAGUUUGAGAGUGUAUUAACAGAGUUGUGGUCUGUAGGUCUUUGAAGAAAACCAUUCCAGGUUACUCACUCACCAGUCAGGGCUCCCCAGCCAUCCUUUUGCUUAGCAGCUGGGGAGCCUGGUGUCCCUGCCAUUGGAAUGCCUCCUUUGCUGAUAGACAGCGGCACAAUGGUGUGGGGUAAAGGAAAUGGCAUGCUCCCCGGUAUACCUGUGAGCUGUGGCCUCUGGCCUGAGCUUCUGUCCUGGAAAGCAGGGUGGGAGGCAGGACCAUCAGGCUCCUUCAGAUGAGAGGGAGGAUCAAAGCCCAGGGAGGCUGGAGUGGCCUGAGGGCCUUUCUAGAACUCGGCCUCAGUAGUUCCAUACAGGCGAUGAGGACAGGCUAUCUAAGAAUUGCCCCAAGCUGGAACAAGACUGAAAUUAAGAGACCCUUGGGGAAAUGGUUCCCCUAGGGUCUCCAUGCUUCAAGGACUCCACCCAGGAAGCCUAGAGAGUGGGCAGAUUAAGCUCACUAAUGGGCUGUGGUUCACACAGACAUUCCUGUGGACCCGAGCCAUGCCAUACCCCAGGGGUAUCAAAGUUGUCUUUGUGGGGUCUUGCCCCUGCCAAAAACUAAGCCAGCUCACCUCCUGUGUCAGUGGACAUCCUUCCCCUUUCCCUGCUCUGGACACACCCUCCCUCCUGUGUUACCAAUUCUGCUCACUCAGAACUGUAAAUGUUUAGUUGUGACCAUGACAUAUUGUUUGGGUCAGUGUUCCUUUCCAAUGCAUACUAAUAUAUUAUGGUUAUUAUAUAUGAAUAUAUUUAAUGACAUGGAGAAAGUUGUGGAUUUUCUUUUUUUUUUAAGGGUUUUUUGUUGUUAGAGUUGGAAUGGACCCAGAUGAACUUGUAACGUGGGCCCUACAUGAUAGAACUAAAUUCAGAUAUCAUUAAAUAAACUCUUGUAUACUGUUA